AAACAAAAAAAAAAAGAAGCAAAAGACAAAAAAAAAAAAAGACCAAAUAUAUAUAACUCUCCAUCCUAUCCAACCUAAAGUUUUCAUUGAAAAGUACGAAAAAUAAUGAGUUCCAUGUCAAUUUUCAUUUUUCUCUUGCCUCUCACCCUUUGCCUCAGUCUCCGGCUACACCUAGUUGCCGCGGACAUCUCUAUCAUUAACAAUGUCAACAAUCUAAUUGAAAAGGCAUGCAGUAACUCCGCACAUAAGGAUUUUUGCCUCUCUGUUCUCAACUUCAACAAUGAGACCCAAAAUGCGGACCUAAAAGGCCUCGCAUUCAUUGCACUCAAGGCUGCUGAGAAAAAUGCCACAGACACAUCGGUGCGCAUUAAGUUGUGGCUUGGUGACGAAAAUGUACAACCUGCUGUGAGUGAUGGCCUCAGUGAUUGUGAUAAAGAAUACCUCGAUGCAAUUGAUCAGAUCGAGGAUUCUAUAAAUGCUUUGGUUUCAAAUGCCUUGGAUGACGUUAAGAGUUGGGUAGAAGACGCCCUUGCUGAUAUUGAUACGUGCGAGAAGAGUAUCCAAGGACAACCAGGAUAUUCAUUGGAGUUGGCUCGAGAGAAUCAAGUUCUUCGCAAGUUAUGCUAUACUGCUUUGGACAUUGUCCAAGUUUUGGCUACCAAUUGAUCUUUGAUGACAACAUCAUUGUAUUGAUCUCAAACGUUAUUUCAUUUUCACAGCAUGUAUUUAGAAAAGUGUUCAGAAUUUUAAAUCUGUACUACACAUUUAAAUUUAUUUAUUUCUUUAUUGUACUUCUGUUCGUUUUUAACAUCAAAUGGUUACCCCAUGCCAGACCUUAUUUGGCUUGUGACAAGACUCUA